GGUGGUCUAUAGGUGGGCUGACCUGCGUCCCGCCCACGCAGUACAAUAUUAUAAAUAAAGAUUUGCUCUGUCAGUAAACUGAGUUAAAGUGACACGAUGGCUUCUCCAAAUUCGUCUGCUCCUACAACAGUUCCAAGGGAUAUCGAAGAAAAGCUGGAUAACUUCCAAUCACAAGUCCUUCUAAUGAUCCUCUCAUAUGUAAAUGGAAUAUUCCAAGAUACGGCACCGAGCCUGAUGGAGCAUUUGUUAAAGCUUGAAAGGGACAAUAAUAGCUUUUCAGGGAUCAUUAACUACACCUUCAAACGAUUGAAAGUUAAUCCUGCCCUUUUCUUUACACCAGAUCGUGGCACAGUUCAAUUGCCUCAAGUGAAAGCUGAAGGCAUUGAACUUAGACUGGCUCUUGUUAAUUUCAUAAUCUCCUUCAAUGAUCAACAAGCAGCCAGUAGAGCAAUCAAGAAUAUUGCAAAAGAAGGAUCAUCACUGCUAGCCCAGCAGAGAACACCACUUGAGAUAAUUGAAGAGGUUUGUAAGAGGAGGUCAUUUAAGGAUGUGGUGAGUAUUUCUACCUCAGUGGCACAGGAAUUCAAUGGUGCAAGAUUCUUUAAGCACUUGCAUAACACUGACUGGCUACAUAAUAGAGAUGAUGUUAAUCAAUUUUUAAGAGAAGAGUCUGGCUUUAGUUCUCUUUCAGGAGAAAUGGCUCUAUUUAUGACACAAAAAUUAUCAAUAAGUGACUACACAUUGAUUUCAAUCUCAAAAAAGCUAUGUGGUGUCUGUCAAAAACAUCCCAAAGGAGCAAUUUUCUGUAUUUCGGUACCAAUAGCUUUACUAGCCUUCUUAUUAGUUGGUGUUGGUAUCAGCAUUGGAAUCUCAUAUCUUUCGCCUAUUUCAACUAUUCAGUCGAUGGAGAUUGGUGAUAAACAGUCCAGUAGUGCACUCAUUCCUGUACCUAAUAACGUAUAUUCAGUUUCGCUGAAUAUUCCUUCUGGAGUGACAGAGUUCAUGGCAUUGUCUAUUCCACCAACUGGAACACAAAUUAUUAAUCGUACUAAAAUUUUUCAAAGUGAUGGGCAUUGUGCCCCAUACAAUGUUAAUAAUGGUGAUAAUCCAGUGUAUCUCCUCCCUGGGUCUAUCAUGAAUUAUACCCUAACAGUGUCUGAUUCAAAUUCCUCUCAAUGCCCAGCACAACUAGUCUUGCUUAACAACAGAGCAGAAUAUCUUAAAUGUAACUAUAACAGCUCAAGUGUUGUAAAAGUAUACUGCUUGGCCAGCGGUACUGUGAAUCAUGUAUCAAUCAGGAUUAACAAGUCCGCUAAUUAUUAUGUUGUACUACUGGGUACUCCAUUAAAAUUAUUAUUUAUAAUAAUAUUAUUCACAACUUUAUUGAUGAACAAUGCUUAUUGCUGA